AUGUGGGCUCCAGAAGCACAGGUUUGGUACAAGCGAUUUCCUGAAUCAAACCUCGGCAAUCUCACCGCACACUCUGUUCCGCUCCCUGGCCUUUCCAUGCUGUUUCCGCACGUCUUUUGUGCCGACGACUUUCGGGUGUGCCAAGUCACGUUAGGCGAGGGCGAGAUCAAUGCCGCCGCCUCUAUGAUGGCUCUCGUCCUGUCGCAUAGGUUUGACCUUCGCCAGACAUAUUUCCUUUUAUCGGGAAUAGCAGGUGUCAAUCCAAAAUAUGCAACGAUCGGAAGCGUUGCUCUGGCCCGAUUUGCCGUCCAAGUGGCCCUACAGUACGAGAUUGAUCCACGGUCCUUGCCAGUCGACUGGCCUACAGGAUAUAUCUCGUACGGACGUGACCAGCCGCUCGAGUACCCGGCCAUUACGUACGGUACCGAAGUGUUCGAGCUCAACAACAAUCUACGAGAAGCGGCCUUCAAUCUCGCUUCAAUGGCCGUACUUGCGGAUGCCGAGACCUCGCGGCAAUAUCGCGGAAGAUACGGCGGCAGCGUUGGUGACUUCCCCGAGGCUUCGCGUCCGCCAAGCGUUGUCAGGUGUGACAUGGCAACUAGCGAUGUUUACUACUCGGGAACGAAGCUGGCCCAGGCAUUCGCAAACACCACCAGUAUCUGGACUAACGGGACCGGCACCUAUUGCAUGAGCGCACAGGAAGAAAACGCAACCCUAGAGGUUUUGGUCCGGGCAACAGUGGAAAACCUGGCAGAGUUUUCGAGGGUGAUUGUUAUGAGGGCAGGCUCGAAUUUCGAUCGCCCUCCGCCGGGGGUGUCGGACCUGCAACAUCUCACCAACGCAGACCAGAACGGUUUCAGCAUUGCCAUCAACAAUACCUUCACAGCUGGCAUUGAGAUUGUCAAAGGCAUCGUCAGGGGAUGGAACUGUACGUUUCGCCAAGGCAUCUCCCCGACAAACUACAUCGGGGACAUAUUCGGUAGCCUUGGCGGGAACCCGGAUUUCGGACUCGGAAGCCUGACAGGAGGUCGACCUGCAGCCCCUGCAGGCCAAAGUGGCGACUUGGCUAAGCUGGAGAUGGACCGGCGUGGGCGCUUCGGGCUGCGAGCUCUGAUAAAGUCGUAG